AGUAGUGUGAUUAUUAAAUAAUGUCGUCAUCGUCUGUUCUGGGAGAGUCGCCCUGUAAGCUGGGCUCUGAUCUUAACUCGCCUUCUGCUACACUGAUGAGGAGAUCAGCUACGGAGCCGUCAAGCAGACCAUCUCGGGCACAUGGCAGCAAUAAGGGAAGGGGUCGUGUAGGGGGAAGCGACAAUAAAAAGUUGCGUCCCGUCGACCUAAGCAAACACCUGUUGAAGACUAAGGUAUGUAGUCUCUAUCUGGAAGGACGUUGUCAUUAUGGUUCCAAGUGUUUCUUUGCUCACUCGACCUCGGAGUUGCAACAACAACCGAAUCUUAAGAAGACUAGUUUGUGCAGACUGUAUAGGCAAGGUAAGUGCAAUAAAGGAGCUGCAUGCACCUACGCUCAUUCGGCUGCUGAACUGAGGGCUACCGAGAAAACUGUCAUGUGCAUAUGGUGGUUGAGUGGUCACUGUAGUCAUGGAUCUAAAUGCCGCUUUGCUCAUGGAGAGGCUGAGUUGAGAUCGCCGCCCAAGUCGGACUCAACCGUCUCGUCCAUUGCAGAGAGUAGUCCACGUUCCGAGGUAUCGCAGUUUGACAACCGCAUGACGGAAAGUCACAGCUCUAACACCUUGGCGUCAUCUCCGUAUGGCUUUGAGCACGCCGCCACUUUCAACUGGAGUAAAGCUUCCGACCCUGUUGAAGAGGAACUGUGCGAGACGGACGAGUUUGGGACCUCGCCGGCUAACUUGUUGCCCUCUGCCUUGACUCACGAUAUCAUUGAUUCGGAUCCUGAGGAAGAGCAGGCUGAACUUGAGAGGAACUUUCCAAGGUCACCCUUUGAGAUGGUUCGAGGUGCACCGACGGUUGCCGCACUUCCCUCACCGGCCCCGCCUGGAGAGCUCCCUCAGUGUAUUGGUUGCCAGAAUACCGUCUCGAAUGUUGGUGAUGUGUUAUGCCAGAGAUGUUUGGCUGGUUGCUGUGCUGCUAUCACGAGUGGUGAUAGUAACAGCUUUUUGAUCUCUAUGUAGAUAUUUGUCCCUAGGGAGUCUCGCAGAUUCACGUCCGAGUUGGCGUGUUCACAUUCGAGACUCCAACAUGGUUUCGAUAGUCGUGAUUCUCAUAAGUUUGUCGAUGCUUUGUCCCUACAAGAGCGAACACAGCAAUUGCUUUCAUUGCUGACUACUGCUGUUGUUUGCUGCACACAUGGCUGCUACGGCGACCGGUUACUUACGGGUUUUGACUAUGAUGCUUAGGUGUCGUCCUGGUCGUCAGGCUAUAGUGUGCAACUUCAUCUCAUCUGGUUAUCCCUUUCUACUAUGGUGUAGUAGUCUACUAUUCUUCUUCCCAGGUUUACUAACGAUUAGUUUUCCAUUGGU